UUCCCGCCUUGCCCUGCUCCAGUCCACUUCCUCUGCUUCUCAUGCCGCCGCGCGCUCCCGCCGCGUCGGCGGCGCGCCUCCACGCGCAUGUCCUCGAGCUCCACGGAUGCGGCGGCGGCGGCGGAGGCCUCGCGCUCCGCCGCGCCCACGCGGCGUCCCUCGUCUCCGGCGCGCUCGCCACGUCCCUGCCGCUCGCGGGCGCGCUGCUCCUCUCGUACGCCGCGCUCUCCGACCUCGCCUCCGCGCGCCUCGUCCUCCGCCACCACCCGCUCCGUCUCCGCUCCGCAUUCCUCUGGAACUCCCUCUCCCGCGCGCUCUCCUCCGCGUCCCUCCCCUCCGAGGCCCUGCGGGUGUACAACCUCAUGCUCCGCUCCGCCGUGCGCCCGGAUGACCGCACCUUUCCCUUCGCCCUCCACGCCGCCGCCGCGGCUGUCGCUUCCGCCGAGGAUAAGGGCCUCGAGCUGCACGCCUCGGCUCUCAGGCGGGGGCACCUGGCUGACGUCUUCACGGGCAACACCCUCGUCGCGUUCUACGCGGCCUGUGGAAAGGCCUGCGACGCGCGCAGGGUGUUCGACGAAAUGCCUGAGCGGGACGUCGUCUCGUGGAACUCGCUUGUGUCAGCGUUCUUGGUGAACGGUAUGUUUCAUGACGCGAGACGGGCGCUGGUGAGCAUGAUGAGGAGUGGGUUUCCUUUGAACGUGGCAAGCUUAGUGUCAGUUGUGCCUGCCUGCGGCACAGAGCAAGAGGAGAAGUUUGGGUUGAGCAUCCAUGCGUUGGCAGUGAAAGUUGGCUUGAACACCAUGGUGAAUCUCGCGAAUGCGUUGGUUGAUAUGUAUGGUAAGUUUGGGGAUGUUGAGGCAUCGAUGCAGGUGUUUGAUGGAAUGCUGGAACAAAAUGAGGUUUCUUGGAAUUCUGCAAUAGGAUGCUUUCUUAAUGCAGGGUUUUAUGGUGAUGUGCUGAGAAUGUUUAGGAAAAUGUCAGAGCAUAAUGUCAUGCCAGGUUCUAUCACAUUGUCUAGUUUGCUUCCUGCAUUGGUUGAGCUUGGAAGUUUUGAUUUGGGAAGGGAGGUGCAUGGGUAUAGCAUAAAGAGAGCAAUGGACUUGGAUAUUUUUGUUGCCAACUCACUUGUUGAUAUGUAUGCCAAAUUUGGUUCUUUGGAGAAAGCAUCUACCAUCUUUGAACAAAUGAAGGACCGCAAUGUUGUGUCAUGGAAUGCAAUGAUCGCAAAUCUUGUGCAAAAUGGAGCUGAGACUGAGGCGUUCAGGCUUGUCACAGAUAUGCAAAAAAGUGGGGAAUGCCCAAAUUCUAUCACACUAGUGAAUGUGCUUCCAGCUUGUGCGAGGAUGGCCUCUCUAAAGAUGGGUAAGCAGAUCCAUGCAUGGUCGAUCCGUAGAGGCUUAAUGUUCGAUUUGUUCAUAUCAAAUGCCCUGAUUGAUAUGUAUUCCAAAUGCGGACAGCUGAGCUUGGCACGGAAUAUUUUUGAAAGGUCAGAGAAGGACGAUGUAUCGUACAAUACUUUGAUUUUGGGAUAUUCACAGAGUCCAUGGUGUUUUGAAUCUCUUCUUCUUUUUAAGCAGAUGAGGUCUGUUGGAAUUGAUUAUGAUGCUGUUUCCUUCAUGGGAGCUCUAUCAGCAUGUACCAACUUAUCUGUAUUUAAGCAUGGCAAAGAAAUUCAUUGUGUUUUGGUUAGGAGAUUGUUAAGUGGCCAUCCCUUUCUUUCUAAUUCCUUGCUGGACUUGUACACUAAAGGUGGAAUGCUUGUCACUGCAUCAAAGAUUUUUAAUAAGAUUACAAAGAAGGAUGUUGCUUCAUGGAAUACUAUGAUAUUGGGAUAUGGGAUGCAUGGUCAAAUUGAUAUUGCAUUUGAAUUGUUUGAACUGAUGAAAGGUGAUGGUCUGGACUAUGAUCAUGUAUCCUACAUUGCAGUGCUUGCAGCAUGUAGCCAUGGUGGGCUUGUAGACAAAGGGAAGAAAUACUUCAGUCAGAUGGUUGCUCAAAAUAUUGAGCCACAGCAAAUGCACUAUGCUUGCAUGGUUGAUCUUCUUGGGCGUGCUGGACAACUGUCUAAAUGUGCUGAAAUUAUCAGAGACAUGCCUUUUCCUGCAAAUUCCGAUGUUUGGGGAGCAUUGCUUGGGGCUUGCCGUAUACAUGGAAAUAUCGAAUUAGCACAAUGGGCAGCAGAGCAUUUGUUUGAAUUGAAGCCAGAGCAUUCAGGCUACUAUACUCUUAUGAUAAACAUGUAUGCUGAGACUGGGAGAUGGAAUGAAGCAAACAAGAUCAGGAAAUUAAUGAAAUCGAGGAAAGUACAGAAAAAUCCAGCCUAUAGCUGGGUACAGGAUCAGGAUGGCAACAAGUUGCAAGCUUUUCUUGUGGGGGAUGGGUAACAGAUGGUGCACCUCUGUGGUGGUACAAAACUUUUCACCUGUAACAAAUUCGAUAAAGCAACAGAGUAUGGCAAAUGGUCCCAUACUGAUAGGUGUCACACUGUCACCGUAUUAACAAAAUCUCGCACUACUGUAAAUAAGGAUUACAGUGGCAUGCAGGCAUAACUAGUUCAGUAAUCAUCAGCUGCAUAUUAGAAAUUUUGCGGCUUGACCUGACAGCAAUCAGCAUUAAGAUGAGUAUAUAUCAGUCUAUUAUGUCUGUCAAUUAGGUAUAUUUGGUCAUAGACUCUGUCCCGGAAAUGGAUGAAAUGAGAUAGAUUGGAGUAGUUCUGACUUCUGAAAUCCAUACUCAACCUUCUCGACCAUACAGGGCCAUCAUAUUUAUGUACGGGUAAAGUUUACCUUAUGCUAGCUCUUCAAAUUUGCAGUUAGGAUGACCAAAAAGUGAAAACUAUAACUUCCAAUAUUUAUCUAGUGUGCCGAGAUGUUAUCAUGUUAAUCUGUAUCUGGAUAGUAUCUAUAUGAUAAGUUACAAAUUGACAAAUUUGGCAAAAGUAUUAUAACUACGAUAUGGAUCUGUACAUUCUUUCGUGGAAUCUAUAUUUGUUCUAUUCUAUAUUUUAUUUUACUUUUAUCUGUAUGGCUGUGUCCUGUUUCAAAAAAAAAAGAAGGCAGUACUUCUACUCCACAGUUUUGGGUUGUUCCAUGCUUUGAAUUGACUUCAGCAUCAACAGGGUGACAAACUGACAUCACAAUUGCAGUGGUGAAAGAGAGGUCCAGCUUUCCAGGCUAUAAUGCUCCAAAGUUCAUGUUUGCCACAACCAUAUUCUGGAUUCUUCUGCUAAAGAAGAUGUUCUACAGUGAGAGAGCAAUUCUUGAAAGUUGAACUUUGGUGACGAUGGAGCACGGCUGGGGCCUACUCUGGAGUUUAAACUAUCUUAAGGCUUGAACUACACUCAUGUUGGAUUAUGCAAAUUGAUUGGGGUGCUGUGAUGCAUGCAAGUCCUGAAGAUAACUUGCCAGCAAAAGAAAUCAACUCAGAUUGCUGACCAUGGCAACCACUCAAUGCAAGCUUCUUUUGGAUUUUCCCUCGGUCUUAGGCACCUAAUGUUGAUGCUUCAGAAGGCAGUGCAUUUUUCAAAGACAUUAUUUCCUCUUGUAAAUCGAGUGAGGGCCAAGUCCUGCAAGAUGUAAAUUUAUACUUGGACGCAAGUGUGUAGAUCUUCUAUUCUCUGGACACAGUAUUUGUAUUCCAUUUGCUACGGUUGUUUUUAUUUAUGUUUGGCACCAUUUUAUUUUCUUCUCAUGAUCCAUGUAAUAGUUUGAAUUCUAUUUGAACAGGAGCUCGAUUUCUUUACACAA